UUUUACCCCGUUGACUAACGAGGAUCGACGAGAAGGUUCGAUUUCUUAUCGAUCUAGUGGGGAAAAGCGAGGAAAGUGAGUUUAAAGUCAACUGAUCUCGGCUUUCUUUCCAGAAAUAAAGAGAGAUGAGGUUGUCUAUAAAAUAUUUCACAUGACGCAAUCUCGUGAGAAGCAUAUCUUCUGUAAUGUAAAACGCUGGCGUGGUUGCCUAGGGUUUGGAUCAGCCUGCAUUUGGCCUGGGUUGAUUUUCCUGAGGGCCACCUGUUCCUGAGGUUGUGCUUGAAGCAUGUGUGAACUUCCUAAAGGUAUAUCGAAUCGGAGUCACGACUUUGACACGAGAACAAUGAAUGUACGGGAGACCCCAAAGGAAGGAAGAAGAACUCUUAGAUUGGCUGCAUCACUUUCAAGAAACAUAUCGUAUUCCCCUUUGAUGCAAAAGGAAAAUUCAAUGGAAGAUGCACCAACCAUUAAUACAGAUAUAAAACCAGAAGAUUCUACAAGCCUGAAUACUUCUAGAAGGAACUUGCAUUGCAGUGCCACCACCUCCAGCACCUUGCAGCUCCAAACUGAGAAAUCAGAGAAUGAACAAGGUUUGCAGAUUCCGUUGGAUACACUCAGUCCAGCUGACUCUGGUACAAGACUUCCUGCAAUCACUGAGCCUGUGAAGGAUGUGAGUGACCUGAUUGCACUACUGAAUGAGUUCGAGGAAAUGAGCUUGAAUCCUGUUUCUGCUCUCUAUUUGUUCUGUCAACGGAAAGGAUGCAGUCUGCACUUCCAAGAGGUGGCAAAUUCAGAGGCUGCUGCCACUUCACGUUACUCUGUUCGUGCUAUUGUUGAUGGAUUCGAGUUUAAAGAAGGAAUGGGUUUCAGCAAAAAAGAGGCCAAGUAUAAUUCUGCAAAAAUUACAUUGAAACAACUGCGCCAACAGUUGCAGAAAAUUGCACCCAAGGCUCCAGAUGAUACAAAGCCAACUGCAGGUGCCAGAGUAACUGGGAGAAAACCAUACGUUCUGAGUGAAAAUCUAAUCAUUCACCCCAUCCGUUGUGCAGCAGUUAGCAAUUGCGUAUUGAAUAUGCUCUUGGAAUCUCUUCCUAAGUACAAAGGAUGCAGAGGGAGCCUUGCUGCUUUCAUAGUGGAGAAAGUGACGGAAGAUGGCAACAGUGAACAGUAUGAAGUGGUUGCUUUAGGAACAGGAGAGACUUGUUACAGCAGUUGGAUCCGUUUUGAUGGUCGUUUACUCCAUGACUGUCAUGCUGCAGUGGUUGUAAGACGGGCAUUGCAAAGAUAUUUGUUUAAGCAGCUCCUUCUAUUUUGUAAUAACAAUCCUGUGGGUUUAGAGAAAUGCAUCUUCUACAAGUCUUCAGGAAGUGAUUUGUUGUCCCUCAAGAAAAAUAUUUUUUUUCAUCUCUACCUCAGUAAAGUUCCAAAGGGGGCUGCUCAGAGCAUUCUCAUGGACCCUGUGCCAUAUCGAAAUCCUGAAAUGAGACUUCACAUUCAUUCCAAAGGUUCCAUCAUGCCAGCAGCAAGCUGUCGCCCUAGUGUGACAGCAACCCACGUAUGCUGCAUGACGGCAAGUGAUAAAUUGAGCCGAUGGAUGGUUCUGGGAGUCCAGGGAGCACUGCUCAGCCACUUUAUCAAACCACUAUACAUCACCAGUAUUGUCCUUCCUGGACAGUUUCAUCCAAUGCAGAUUGUCACAAAAGCAAUCAAUCAACGUGUAGAUGAGAGUUUGAAUGAGAAGCUUCCUAAUGUGUUCACUGCUGUGAGAGCACACUUCUCCCAUUGUGGUGAGGGAGAACCUAAAGAGUCGGAUCCACUUUAUGAAAAGCUGAGCAUAAACUGGUGUAGGGGAGAUAACGCCGUGGAAAUUGUGGAUGGAAUGACAGGGGAGAUCACAAAAGAUUCCCCUUUCAAAAAUGGAGUCCAUACAGCCAGUCGUUUAUGCAAGGCUGCUAAGCUGUAUUCCUUUCGACGUGUAGCGAAAGAAAUGAACAGACAGGAUUUGCUAGACCUGUCAACAUGUCAUGAAGCCAAGGUAAAUAAAAGUUUCCAAUACAGAAGAAAAUGUUCAAGUUGA